AGCAAAUCAAGAACUGGAAACAUGGCUUCAAAAACCAAAAUUUGCAUUAUUCAAGUGGUUUUCAUAGCUUUUCUCAUAGCUGAUGUUGUUCGAUGCGAUGACAAUGUGCCAGUUCCUGCAGAUAAGGCUCAAAUUGACAAAUGGUUCAGUGAAAAUGUUGGACCCUUAGCUCAGAGGAAGGCUACCCUGGACCCUGCACUAGUGGCGGCGGAGGAUGGUACUCCUAAGGUUGUGAAGGUUAAGCCAGAUGGAAGCGGCGAUUUCAAGACGAUCACAGAGGCCAUUAACAGCAUUCCUAUUGCGAACGCCAAGCGUGUGAUUGUGUACAUUGCAGGCGGAAAUUAUAAUGAGAAAGUGAAAAUUGAUAGAGGAAAGCCAUUUAUUACCUUUUAUGGAGAACCAGGGAACAUGCCAAACUUGACAUAUGGGGGCACUGCAAAACAAUAUGGCACUCUUGACAGUGCUACAUUGAUCGUUGAAUCGGAUUACUUUGUGGCCACUAACAUCAUCUUCUCGAACUCUGCACCAAAACCUGAUGGAAAGCAGGGCCAACAAGCCGUAGCAUUGAGAAUUACUGGUGACAAGGCAGCAUUUUAUAAUUGCAAGUUUUUUGGAUUCCAGGACACGGUGUGUGAUGAUAGGAAUAAGCAUUUUUUCAAAGAUUGCUUAAUUCAAGGCACCGUGGACUUUGUUUUUGGAAGUGGGAAGUCUCUAUAUUUGAGGUCUGAGCUGAGCGUGCUCGGCGAUGGCCAGAUGUCAUUUAUAGCAGCACAAGCAAGAAAAAACAAUGUAGACGAUGAAGGCUUCACAUUUGUCCAUUGCGACAUCACCGGAACCGGGAAUGGAACCUACUUGGCAAGAGCAUGGAUGUCUCAUUCUAGAGUGAUCUAUGCUUACUGCAGUAUGUCUGAUGUUGUGAAUGAUGCCGGGUGGAGUGACACCAUGAGCGCGGACUAUGGCGAUACUGUGUUUUUUGGAGAGUACAAGAACUCAGGACCUGGUGCAGAUGUUAAGGGGCGACCCGAGUAUGUGAAGCAGCUAAGUGAUGCUGAUGUCAAACCUUUCAUUACGCUUGCUUCGAUUGAAGGUUCCAAAUGGCUACUUCCUCCGCCAAAAGUCUAGUUGAUCAAUUACCACAUCUAAUUGUCUGUAUGGUUUCCUCUAUUUUAUGAGAGGGUUUUCAAUUACCAUAUUUAAUUAUCACAUUCUUACUAUAUACUAUAUAUAUAUAUGGCAAUAAUAUUGGUCAUGCACCCUACAUUUUGUUAUAGUGGCAGUGAAUUAGGAAAAGGCUCUGCUGAUAAAGUUGUUGGUGCUGGUAAUUUAUAAUUGUUUUUAGUUUCAAGUUUCAACAUUGUAAUAAUGAGGAGGUAAUAUACCAUGUAAAUUUCAAUGAGGAAUGCACUAUUUUAUUUUCUUGUAAA